AUGUACUGGUUUCGUCAGAUUUACAGCCCCACUCUUCUCGUCGCAUUCUUCACGAUUCUGAUUCUCUCGCCAACGCCUUCAGAUGCAUCGAUCCGAUUGUGUGGAACACGUCUCACGACGACACUGCUCGCCGUGUGCCGAAAUCAGUUGUGCGGUGGAAUGAGCGCUUUCAAACGAUCCUCACCAGAACAAUCAUGGGCUCCAUCAACUUACGAUCUUUUUCACAUUCAUCACCAACAAAAACGAGGAGGAAUCGCCACGGAAUGCUGUGAGAAACGUUGCUCAUUCGCGUAUCUCAAAACGUUCUGCUGCAAUCAGGAUUGA